CAGAUUCUAAAAGUACUGAGUGUAGAUGACCUCAGAUGUCAUCCUACACAGUUUGUGGCAGGAGGUCGAUGCUGUCCUAUGUGUUUUGCAGGUUCGUAUGUUCGUGAAAACUGCACAAAGUUUGACAGUACGAUCUGUCUGACCUGUGGUGAGGGGACGUACAUGAAUCAAAGGAGUGCACAGACAUGGUGUCAUAAAUGUAACAUCUGUGAAGGUGGUCCUGGUCUUAGGGUAAAGAAAUCAUGUACUAAAAAAUCAGAUACAGUUUGUGAACCCCAGGAGGGAUUCUACUGUACGGACGUUAAAGACCACAGCUGUGUACGAGCACAGAAACACAGAGACUGUGAGAAAGGACAAUACAUCAAACUGAAAGGGACAUCCUCUGCAGACACUGAGUGUUCUCCCUGCACUGACGGGACAUUUUCAGAUGGGACAUUUACACAAUGUCAACCACACACACAGUAAGUGAAGCUUAAAAACAUGGAUACACCCUGUAAAUACUA